UGUCAGCAGCGUCAGAGUUUCCAUCAGUUGUAAACCUGAAACUAAUUGGAGUAAGCAACAGAUUGUGAAGCGCCAAUUCUAAGGAAAAGCCCUAUUUCGUAUUAUUUCCUUGUUUCCUUCCAUCAAUGGCGAUCUUCAACCUCUUCUCCAAGGCUGCAUCUAGAACCAGAACGCGACCACUCCUCAAAACGCUUCGUAACAUGAGCAAUGUCCCUGAAAACGCCGUCUACGGCGGCCCCACGUCGCAGACUCCGAACCACAGAGUCACUCUCACCAAUCUCAGGCAAAAGUACAAGAAAGGUGAACCGAUCACCAUGGUCACUGCUUAUGAUUAUCCCUCUGGAGUCCAUUUGGACAUGGCCGGCAUUGAUAUUGCUUUGGUUGGCGAUUCGGCUGCCAUGGUAGUGCACGGCUACGACACUACGUUGCCUAUUAGCUUGGAUGAAAUGCUUGUUCAUUGUAGGGCUGUGGCUCGUGGGGCUAGGAGGCCACUUUUGGUCGGUGAUUUGCCUUUUGGUACUUAUGAAUCCAGCUCUGUACAGGCUGUUGAUACGGCAGUAAGAGUUCUGAAGGAAGGGGGAAUGGAUGCGAUAAAAUUGGAAGGGGGUGCACAUUCUAGAAUAACAGCAGCAAGAGCUAUAGUUGAAGCAGGAAUUGCGGUAAUGGGGCACGUUGGACUUACUCCACAAGCCAUUAGUGUUCUUGGAGGAUUUAGACCUCAAGGGAAGAAUAUCGCCAGUGCUGUUAAGGUGGUGGAAACUGCAAUCUCUCUACAAGAAGCUGGGUGUUUCGCUGUCGUUCUAGAAUGUGUUCCUCCAGAAGUUGCAGCUGCAGCUACAUCUGCUCUCCGUAUACCCACCAUGGGCAUUGGAGCAGGGCCGUUCUGUAGUGGACAAGUGCUAGUUUACCAUGAUCUGCUCGGCAUGCUUCAACAUCCGCAUCAUGCUAAGGUGACCCCGAAAUUCUGUAAGCAAUUUGCUCAAAUUGGAGAUGUCAUCAACAAAGCUUUAUCAGAAUACAGGGAAGAAGUAUCUAAUGGUUCAUUUCCCGGACCGCUCCACAGCCCAUAUAAGAUCAGCGACACCGAUUUCAAUGGUUUCUUGAAAGAGUUACAAAAUAUGGGAUUGGAUGAGGCAGCAUCUGCAGCUGCUGCUAAAGCCAACCGAUGAUUAAACUCAGGCCACAUUUUAAGUGGCUCGCCCUCCUUGGUCUUGCUUUUUCAAGUUUUAGAUAAUUCAUGGAAUUUAUAAGGUGGGACAAGCCGUUCAAAGAAUCAGUAGCUGAAAAACACUUCAAACUCUUGUACAUGAAGAUCGCAAUCAACGUUCUCUUUAGGCAAUGGGUUACUUCUCAGUUAAUCUCUAUGAUCCCCUUUUGAUUAGCUGAUAUGAAGAUGUAUUUGGAUUCUGAACAAAAUGAGAGCACCCAAAGAAAAAGGUAAAAGAAGGAAAGCCACGGCCACAUGAUGAUUCUGUUUCUAAUCAAAGAUUUAGUGGUGUAAUAAGCGAGCAAAAAGCAAUCUUUCUAUUCUUCGUUUCGAGGACAAAAUGCCAGGAAUAUACCUAUCUAAACUUAAAUUGUGUUUUUUGCUUGCAAUAACAAGGGUUAAGGUUCUUAACAUCUGAAAUUUGCCUAGUGAUCGCUUAUGAGAAUGGAUAAAAGGGGAUAACAUACCCAUUUAAAUUAAAA